AUGGUCGUGGACGCGGGGCUAACAAUUUCCAGUGGAUGCAUGAAGGGCUUUUGUCUACGAUUGAAAUCCGAGAGUGAAGACUACAUCUGGAAAUAUAUCACCAUGGUACAGACGCAAUUCUGUAAGAAGGUCAAGUUUGUGCGACACGACGGAGCUCGCGAGUUUGCAACCAACUCGCUUCAGCUGUUCUACGAAGACGAAGGCAUUGAACAGCAGACAACGGUGCCGUAUGCACAUCAAACAAACGGAAAAGCAGAGCGUGCAAUUAGGACUAUUGUCACGAUCGGCCGCAGCAUGCUUCAUCAUGCCAAACUGGACAAGUGUUUCUGGGCCGAAGCAGCGAUGACGGCCAUCUACAUCAAGAAUCGACUGCCGUCACCUAAAGUCGUGCACAAGGCCCCGUUUGAGAUCGUCUACAACUUGAAACCAAGCGUCAAGCACAUGCGAACAUUCGGAUGUCAGACGUUUAUACUGACUCCGAAGGAGAAGCGACUCAAUUGGGAUCCCAAGGCUUGCGCUGGCAUAUUCGUGGGCUACGAAGAAGUGUCCAAGGCAUAUCGUGUAUUUGACAUCGAGGAGGGGCAGGUUGUUGUCAGUCGGGAUGUUAACUUCGACGAGUCCACCUUUGGCCUUCAACUGCCGAUCACUGAUGAAGAUGUCGAUGACCUGGACUUCGAAUUGCUGGAUCUUGAUGACGAAGAGCUGCGUCAAAUGGAGUAUCAGCAAACUGGCAAGCGCAAGAACCGACUCAAUGAUGAAGAUACAGCAGCUCCACGACCACGUGCAGUGCGUCAACGACCAGGACUAGAAGAGUCAAGCGCGCCGGAAAACAACUCGUCACGCCAAGAAGAAGACGAUGACGAAGGAAUCGGACAAAUCGACUCCGCCUGUGUUUUGCGUGCGAGUGCAAAUGCUGUUGAAGCAGCAGUGGAGUUGUCGGAACCGUCGACAUUUGAAGCAGCAGUGACCGGCCCGGAUCAAGUGCACUGGCGUAAGGCAACUCAUGCGGAGCUCGAGUCAAUGCGACUUCGCGGUGUGUUUCGUGCAGCCAAGCUGCCCAACGGACAACGCGCCAUUGGCACAAAAUGGGUGUUCAAGAUCAAGCGUAAAGCGGAUGGGUCGAUCGAGAAGUACAAGGCACGACUUGUGGCCAAGGGUUUCCGCAAAAAGUGUGGCAUCGACUACACGGAGACGUUUUCGCCUGUGGUCAAGUAUGUGACGCUGAGAAUGGUGAUCGCAAUUUCCAAGCAUUUUGGAUGGCCCAUCGACCAGCUUGAUGUGGUGACAGCUUUCCUGUAUGGCGUCAUGAAGGAACAAGUGUUCUGCGUGAUUCCUGAAGGCGUUGAACUUGAUAGUACGUUCGACUGCCUGGAAUUGGUGAAGUCAAUUUACGACCUCAAGCAAGCUUCGCGAGUGUGGAACGAGACUUUGGACGAGUUUGUGUUCCAUUGGAUUUCAAGAAGCUCACCCAAGUUGAUUGCACACACCAAGAAAGACCUGAAGACACGCUUCGAGAUGACUGAUAGCGGCAAGUGUGCAUUUGUUCUUGGAAUUGAGCUUUUGGACGGUGAAGAUGGCAGUGUGACACUAUCUCAGCACCGUUAUGUCGAUGAUAUCCUCAAGCGCUUUGGCAUGGAUGAUUGCAAGGCAGUCGCAAGUCCAGUGGACAUGAGCUCUCGACUCGUUUCAAGCGAUGCAGCUACCAAGGUCGAUGCUCCUUUUCGCGAAGCUGUUGGUGCGUUGAUGCACCUGACCACUGCAACGCGUCCGGACAUUGCGUUUGCUGUGGGCUAUGUGUCGCGGCUCAUGGAAAAUCCCCAAGAAGAACACUGGGUUGCAGUUAAGCGUAUCUUUCGCUUCCUACAAGGCACCAAGACGCAUGGAAUUUGCUACAAGCCAAGUGCAAGGAUCGACUUCCGUGGAUAUUCGGAUGCGGAUUGGGCUGGUGAUCUUACCGACCGCAAGUCAACAUCGGGGUACACGUUCAUGCUAUUGGGUGCGCCAGUGAGUUGGGGCAGCAAGAAGCAGCCAAGUGUUUCGUUGUCCACGACUGAAGCUGAAUACAUCGCACUCAGCUUGGCGAUUCAAGAGGGCAAGUGGAUUCAUCGUCUGCUUUGUGAGAUCGUGAUGGCUGCCAAUGAAGAAGGACCGGAACUCAUGAUUCAUGAAGACAAUCAGUCAUGUAUCAAGAUGACGAAGAACCCGGUCAACCACGGCCGUGCCAAGCACAUUGAUAUCAAGUACCAUCACAUCCGUGAUGAGGUCAAGCGCGGUGAAGUGAAGCUCAAGUAUUGUGAAACUGCGGUGAUGUUAGCGGACAUCAUGACGAAGGGACUUCAUGGACCACGCCACAAGGAGAUAACGACGGCUCUCGGCAUUCGUGCGAGUUCGGAUUGA